UGUACAUGCACAUGUUGAUACUUUGCACUAGGGUGAGAGUUCACUUCACACUGUUUGGUUCCCUGGCUCCUUGAUUACGAGAUGUUGAGCUCCUGUUUGCAGCUUCUGGAAUCAUGGCUUUCCCAGCAGGAUUUGGUUGGGGGGCAGCCACCGCAGCCUACCAGGUGGAAGGAGGCUGGGAUACAGAUGGAAGAGGCCCUUGUGUCUGGGACACAUUCACCCAUCAGGGAGGAGAGAGAGUUUUCAAGAACCAGACUGGCGAUGUAGCUUGUGGCAGCUACACUCUGUGGGAGGAAGAUUUGAAAUGUAUCAAACAGCUUGGACUGACUCAUUACCGCUUCUCUGUUUCCUGGUCACGUCUGUUACCUGAUGGGACGACAGGUUUCAUCAACCAGAAAGGCAUUGACUAUUACAACAAGAUCAUUGAUGAUUUGUUAGCUAAUGGAGUCAUACCUGUGGUGACCAUCUACCAUUUCGAUUUGCCUCAGGCUUUAGAAGACCAGGGUGGAUGGUUUUCAGAUACCAUCAUUGAUGUCUUUGACAAAUACGCCCAGUUUUGCUUCAGCACAUUUGGGGAUCGAGUCCGGCUGUGGAUCACCUUGAAUGAACCCAAUGUUAUGAGUGCAUUGGGGUAUGAUUUAGGAUUAUUUCCUCCUGGUGUUCCUCAUGUUGGCACUGGUGGUUAUCAGGCAGCUCAUAACAUGAUUAAGGCUCAUGCCAGAGCCUGGCACAGUUAUGAUCGCUUAUUCCGGAAAGAGCAGAAGGGUAUGGUGUCCCUAUCACUUUUUUGUAUCUGGUCAGAACCAGCAAAUUCCAACUCAGUGCUGGACCAGAAAGCUGCUCAAAGAGCCAUCAACUUCCAAUUUGAUUUCUUUGCUAAACCUAUAUUCAUUGAUGGUGACUAUCCUGAACUUGUCAAGUCCCAGAUCGCCUCCAUGAGUGUAAAGCAAGGCUAUCCAUCUUCGAGGCUUUUUGAAUUCACAGAAGAAGAGAAGAAAAUGAUCAAGGGCACUGCUGAUUUCUUUGCUGUGCAAUAUUAUACAACUCGCUUCAUCAAGCACAAGGAAAAUAAGGAAGCAGAGCUUGGUAUUCCUCAGGAUGCGGAGAUUGAGCUUUUCUCAGAUCCUUCUUGGAAAGGAUUUGGGUGGGUCCGUGUGGUGCCAUGGGGACUACGCAAGCUGCUUAACUAUAUUAAGGACACGUAUAAUAACCCUAUAAUUUACAUCACUGAGAAUGGGUUUCCCCAGGACGACCCCCCAUCUAUGGAUGACACUGAGCGCUGGGAAUGUUUCAGACAGACGUUUCAGGAACUGCUCAAAGCUAUCCAUGUUGAUAAAGUUAAUCUUCAUCUGUACUGUUUGUGGUCUCUUCUGGAUAACUUCGAGUGGAACAAUGGAUACAGCCGACGGUUUGGUCUCUUUCAUGUUGAUUUUGAAGAUCCGGCUAGACCUCGAGUGCCUUAUAGCUCAGCCAAGGAGUACGCCAAGGUCAUCCAAAAUAAUGGCCUGGAAAGUCCUCAGUUGUGAGGAUUCCCAGCAAGUGUCCCCAGAGAAGAGACCUGGGCUUCAGGAAAGGCAGUCUGCUCUGGUGUGGAUUUCUCAGAUGAUUUCAACACUGGUACUUGCCUCUGUACCAGUUGAUUUAUAAUUAAGAAGUUUGAAUAUGCACUGUCUAGCAAUGUAUUUUAAAAUGCCUUCUAAUAUAUUGGUAUCAUAAGCAAUGUGGGGUUUUUUUUAGAUUAAAAAUGAGAUUUGGAAAAAUUCUGUUUAACUCCUUAAAAUAUUUCUAGAAAAAUAUUACGCAGUGUAUGAAGAUAAUUUGUGAUUGGCAGCUGUAACAAUAAUGUCUUUCUGUAGAGAUACUUGUUUGCUAGCCUACUUCUGGUCCCAGAAUUCUUUUUGUUUGUAGAACCGUUGUUUUACAAACCAUAGUAUGAUCCUUAAUUUUCUAGCAUUUAAUCUACUAUAAAAAACAAGGAUAAAAGUCA